AUGGCCAUCACUCUCAAUGAGCCUAGGGUAACUGUCAGCGUCUCAGGGCAGAGCGAAAAUAAGCCUCGGAGGGAGGACGCCCAGCGAUGUCUGGGGGAAGCAGCUAUCUCGCGUCCUCUCAUCUGUCCCAUCCCAGUAAACUUGGCCAUCCCGGCCUGCGAUGGAUGCAAAGAACACCCAGGGCCAGUGCCACCCUCUCCCCGCAGGGACGGGUCGGUAUCACCGCGCCAAGCGGAGGUGGCACCGCGCGCAGGGAGAGGCCGCAGCCGUCUGGGCUGCAUAAUUGAUGCGGAGCGCGUCUCAGGGGAGGAGGCGGCGCCGGCCCCUCCCCCGGCUUUUCCGGCCUGCGCGGCGGAGAUCCGCUCAGAACACCGGCCGCCGGCGAGGUGUGGAGCCGCAGCCGCUUCGGAACCGCAGCAGCCCGCCGGCGCCAUGGUACCUAGCCCGGCGGAACUCGGGGCGCACGGGGCGCGCGCGGCCCGGCCGCUGCUGCUGCUGCUGCUGCUGCACCUCCUCGCCGCGGGAAGCGGGGGCGCGGCGGACGGCGGCCCCGCAGAUUCACCUUUUACAAGUCUACCUGUUCGAGAAGAAAUGAUGGGAAAAUACUCUAAUCUUUCUUUGGAGAGUCAUAACAUAUCACUAACUGAACAUUCCAGUAUGCCAGUAGAAAAAAAUAUCACGUUGGAAAGUUCUUCUGUUAUCACUCUCACCUGCCAGUACACAACUUCAGGGGAUUUGAAUUCAGUCAACGUGACUUGGAAAAAGGAUGAUGAGCUACUUAAGAAUUUUUCUCUCACUAUAACAGGAAACACUCUGUAUACCGAGUACACGAUCACCAUCAUUAACAGCAAACAAAUGGGAAGCUAUUCUUGUCUCCUUGAAGAAGGAAAGGAACAAAGGGGAACAUUUAAUAUCAAAGUUCCUGAACUUCAUGGAAAAAACAAGCCAUUGAUCACUUAUGUGGAUGACUCUACUGUCUUGGUGUGUAAAUGUCAACAUUGCUUUCCUUUACAUUGGACCUGGUACAGAAGUAAUGGGAGUGUACAGGUUCCUAUUGAUGUUCACAUGAAUGAUAAGUAUCUUGUCAGCGGAACACAGAGCAAUGAAACAAAGCUAAAGAUAAAGCAUCUUCUGGAAGAAGAUGGGGGGUCCUACUGGUGCCAUGCAGUAUUCCAGCUGGGCGAGAGUGAGGAGCAGCUUGAGCUUGUUGUACUGAGCUUUUUGGUGCCCCUCAAACCAUUUCUUGCAAUAAUUGCUGAAGCUUUUGUUUUAGUGGUUAUUAUUCUGCUUUGUGAAGUGUACACACAAAAGAAAAAGAAGAAGCACCCAGAUGAAGGAAAAGAAUUUGAACAAAUUGAGCAGCUGAAGUCAGAUGAUAGCAACGGUGUAGAAAAUAAUGUCCCCAGGCAAAGAAAAAAUGAAUCUGUGAGCCAAUGAAUGGAAAAGAUUACAUCAAGCGCCUUGGGAAGAUGUACAACGACUGUGUGAUUCAGCUUUUAAGAGAAUCUGAGUUUUUAUUUUUUAAAAGAUGAAACGUUUAUGCAACAUGCACAGCAGUAGCUUCAUAAAUAAUAUAUGCUAUCUCAGAUCUAAAGGUAUAUUUUAAUUAUGUAAUUGUUUUGUACUAAAGCAAGGUAAACUUUGUGAAAUACAUUGUGUGAGCUGUUGUAACCCAGAGUAAUUAAUUUUGUCUUGGUCUUUAAGGGACAUCAGCAAAAUCAGUUAGUAGCAGAAAAGCCACCAGCAAAAUAAUAGGUGAUAGAACACACGUCACUAAAGACCUAUUUAUGACCAAAGAACUUACUAAAAAGAAAGUCUUUACCAUUUGUCUUAAAAAGUUUUCUAGUCCUGCUUAGUAUGUAAGAAAUUUAUGUAACAAUUUCAUGUAAAGUUCAUCCUUCUCUGGUAUUGAAAAACUAAUACUUUGCUUUUGCUAAUGGUAGUUACAAUCUCUGCAACUAAGACAUAUCUUUCUUCCAUAAAUAAUGGUUUAAGGCAGGGAACUAAACCUUGUUUUUAGCUGGGUAUGGUGGUGUACACUUGGAAUCUCCACUAUUCAGGAGGCUGAGGCAGGAAGAUCACAAAUUUGAGGCCAGCAACUUUGUGAGACCCUGUCUUUAAAAAAAAAAGAGCUGGGGAAUGUACCUCAGUGGCAGACCACUUAUUUGCCUACCACAUGUAAGGUUCCAGGUUCAGUUACCAAUACCCGAAAAAGACAAAACCAAAAACAAAUACCAAAAAAGACAAAACAAAAAAACCAAAAUAUGAUUGCUCCAAAGCAUGGUUGCUAUAAAAGCAACUCUCCCAGUCUUUCCCACUCCAAGCCAAAGUGCUACUUAUCUUUAAGUAGAGCAUUUUUGUUGUCGAAUCUGUUUUAUAAGCCCUGGAGGUUGGACUUCUCUAGGUGUAGAUGUACUGAUGCUUUGGGUUGCAGAUCCCUGUAAUGAUAAUAGCACUGUCUGCUGAAUCCUUCUGUGCUUCAUGAUUUCCUGGUGUCUUUGAUUUUUUUCCUUUUAAACUAGCUUGUUUGUAUCCAUGGCUGGUUAAAUACAUAAAAAUGUGUUAUUAAUGCUUUACAAUAAUAAUUCUUUUGACUGAAAUCUAGAAAUAUUAAAGUACUUUUUAUUUUUGCAAAUGCCUUAAGAUAGUAUCUUCAAAAGUAGAAUAGUUUCUAUCUCAUAUAUAACUGAAAUAUUUUGUAAGUGAAUUAUAAUCAAAUCAAAUGAAAUUUUGAUGUACAUGGAAGUUGCCCAUAACUCUAAAGGAAAUAUGAAAAUCAUGCUGCAGUAUACUAGACUAGGUGUCCACUGUGCCGCAGGCCCCAGUGUCCUGCUGUUUGCAGGGCAAAAGAGUUAAGAGCAACCAAAAGCAGAGAAGGGCUUCAGAUGGCCAUGUAAAAGACAUAGUUUUCAAGGAUUUGGGGAUUAAAGUUUGAGGAAGAACUCAAUGAUUUAGAAAAAAUGCUUUUAGUAAUCUGUACCAUGGUUAUCGGCUAAGAAAAUAAGAUUCUAGUAGUGAAAAUUAGGUGAUACCUUAACUAAUGUUUACCAAUAUUACUAGCAUGUAAUACAUACAUAAAAUAGUUACUUGGAAGCUGCUUUUUAUUUUGCUGCAACAGAACAGUAUUUUGUUAUGAAACAUGUCAGCUACACAUAGGAAUUUUAUUGUACUAGAAAAUAACUCCUUUUGGUUAACUUUAUUCUUGGCCUCAGAGCUUUUUGUUUUGAUUUAAUUCAUAAUUUGACACAAUUAUUUUGGGUGCUAUGAUAGUGGCUAGUUUCACUGACCUAAACAGAAUUUAGAGAAAAGAGAGUCAAACCUGUUAUUUAAUUUGGUUCAAUUCAAAAUAGCUAUAUAUUGUAACCCAAAACAAUAUAUAGCUCAUGUGCAGUAUGGAAUCUUCUUUUUGGCAACAUUAAUUGUUUAGGUUGAAAUAGUUUACAAGCAAAAAAAUGUUGCUAAAAAGUAAAAUAAUCUGAAAUGUUUAUAUAGUAAAUUGAAAUUUUAAAUGACAAUACUUGCUAUUUAUUUUUUCUACCAAAGACAAGUUAAUUCAGUAACUUAAAGCAGAAAAACUACUCAAACAUUUAAGUUGAUUUUCUGCUUUUGAAAAUCUCCCUGGAGGACUUCUAGAAAAUAACUUCACCACUGUUAAUUAAAAAUGGAAUAGCUUCCAUUAACUUCAUGAAGAUAAUAAAUGAAUUAACUUAAGAACCUAUUGUAAAUUUACUGCAAAUACUAAGCAGCAGAAAAGCUGAAAUAGGAAACUACUUACUCCAAGUUUAUAUAUUGGACACAUUGGGAAAGUCUUUCAGUCUUUCCAGCUGAUGGGGUUUUUCAGCAUAAUUAGAUUUAAUGGUGUUAUAAACUUCCCAGAUACUUUCAUACUCGUUUAUACUAAAAUGUUAAUCUUCUCCUUCUGCAGUCUUACUGUUUUCCUCUCCAGUAUUUAGUAGUCAAACCCAAACCUAAAAAUCAUUGUGAUGUUUUCUUUUUCACUUAUUGGUCAAGAAUCACUGUUCCUUUGUUUCUGGCCUUCUUAAAAGCUCAUUAAUCUCCCUGAUCGCCUCUCCCAUCCCACUCAUACCUGGUGUAACAGCUAAGGUUUUAUUUUUGAACUUAGUCCCAUCUUCUGUCUCACAGUCUUUUGUGUUAUUGCCCAAGUCCUUCUAAAAGACAAAUCUCCUUGUGUACCGUCAUGUGAUUGGAUCCAUGCCAGUCCUCUGCAGCUCACCUUUGCCGUUUCUUAGCAUUGCAGUGCACGAAACCGCUAAUCUCCCUCCGGUGUUCUGAGCUACCCUUGACACAUAGAGGACAGGCCGCGAACACCCUCGCCCACACUUUUCACAGUUCCAUCCAUUCAGUAUUAGGGUUCCUGAUUUUUUAACCUGAUUGUCCCUCUUUGAAGAUCCUUCAUACCCAGUGAGGCAGUUAUGCUCUACAUAUCUUUGUCUUUAUAUAAAUACAGAUUUACUGGUGUCCUUCGUGACUCUGCCUUAUAUUUCUUUGUCCUGUACCUCCCACCACUAGGGUAUGUAUGUUGGAGAUGAAACUGGAAAAAUUCACUUUCAUAAAUUCAUCCUUGUUUUUAGGAAAAGAAUUUAAAAUUUGCCAAGUCAAAAUUGAAAAAAUAUUUUAACAGAAAAAAUAACUUCCCUAAAUUAUUAUAUGGAAUGUGUUGCUUUUAACAUCUUUAAGUUUUUAUUCUCCUCCAUUAUAUUUCAUGGACAGUACGCAUGUAGACCUUUAUUCUUUAUUUUAAUAAGCUAUUAACUUUAUAAAGAAUUUCAGCAGUUUAUCCUUUGCAUGGUAUCUAAAGUUGCUAUUUCUCCUCAUCCUAUUGACCUUUCAUUCCACUCCACCCCCUUAGAAUAUCUCAUAAUCCACUUCAAAAUUUAAUCUCAUAGUAUUUUUCUUCCUUCCUUCCUUCCUUCCUUCCUUCCUUCCUUCCCUCCCUCCCUCCUCUCUCUCUCUCUCUCUCUUCUUUCUUUCUUUUUCUGGUACUGCUGGGGAUCGAACACGGGACCUUGCACUUGUGAGGCAGGUGCCGAAACCACUGAGGUAAAUCCUCAGCCCUCAAAAUUUAAUCUGAAACAAACAUUAAAAAUUUUUAUUGUUUAGUUUUGAUCACUGAAAGUGUAUCUUUAAAUUUGUCAAAAGAAAAAACAUCUGCCUGCUUAUUCCUGGCUCUUCAUCUUAGAGGCAUUUAAAUAGGUUUAUGCAGCAUGAUUUAAUGAAUCUCUAGUAUAGUUCUCCCUAGGACAAUGAAUCUUCUGUAAUUGAAAAAAUCUAUGCAAAGAAUUAGGGACGUGCUUCCAAUUAGCAUUGUUCAACUUUAGUCUGAAAUAUGUUCAGGUUUGUGUUCCAGUGUUAGCGUAUGAGCUGCUGAGGCAAGCACUGUGUUCUAGUGUUAAUUAAAGGGCAUAGUGUCCUCCUUGCACCAGGCUCUGAAUAAAUAUUUACUGAAUAAAUGAGAAAUACAGGAGUGAUGGAGUUACUUUUAAAUCUUAAAAUUGUACACACAUAGUUUCUGCUUUAAUUUUAUUAACUCAAUUUAGCCUUUAUUAUAGAAAUAGAGAAAAGUAAAACUAAAACUUGUACACUUCUUUCAUAUGGUAUUUAGGAAUGUAUUUACAGUGUAUGUAGAAAGUUAUAUGCUCUAACAAUUGAAUUCAUUAAUAUCAAUCACAUUAUCUUAUAAUAACGCACUUGUUCAUUGCAUAACACAUGGGGGGCACUGCAAUUUUUUGAAAUUUUUUUCUCAUUUAAUUCCUCCAUCAUAUGGAUAAAAGUAUUAUUUGUUUUAAAUAAAUCAGGAAACUCAAGUUUAGAGAGAUUAAAUAAUCUGUCUAAUGUCUCCCUGCCUGUAAGUAGUUAGAAUUGAGAUUGGAAUCCAAAGAGUCUGCUCCAGAAGCCUCAGUUUACCCACCCCUUUUGGGAGUGGGGCAAUGCUGGGGAUUGAACCCAGGGCCUUUGCACUGAGCUACAUCCCCAGCUCUUCUUUUAGAAAAAAUGUUUAUUUUAAGAUGAAGUCUCUCUAAAUUGCCAGAUUGGGUUCAAAUUUGUCGUCCUCCUGCCUCAGGCUCCCAGAGAGCUGGGAUUACAGGUGUCACUACCACACCCUACCCACCUUUUUAAACAGCUCUAACCUGGUAGUUACAUGCUUCUUAGAAAAUGAGGCUGUUGGGCUGGGGAUUUAGCUCAGUGGUACUGCACCUGCCUUGCAAGUACAAGGUCCUGAGUUCGAUCUCUGGUACCAAAAAAAAAGAAAAUGAGGCUGUCAUAUGUCUAGUUUUUUUCCCUUUUUAAAAUUUCACUCUUGUAGGUAGGCAGUUAUAUUGUAAAUUUCAUAGUCUUAGUCUCAAAGUUUAUGGAAGCCAUGCUUUGGCAUUCUUGUGUCCCUGCAGUGGUGCUAGGGAAACAACACAUUUCUUUUAAGAUUCUUAAUUUUGUUUCUCCUUCUACUUGUCAAUAGUGAGGGAGAUCCAAAAGUUCAUGAAACAAUAUGACAAAGGUGCUAUUUUUAAUUUCACUAAGAUGAGAGGCAGAAAAUUGACCUCAUGGUUACACUUUUAGCAUGCAGGGAAGAACUAAUUACUUUCUGGAUGCCCUACCAUAGACAGUGGUAAAAUGCAAGUCUGAGUGAUUAACAGAAGCUAACUUUCAAGGGAAUAGCCAAUUUUAGGUAAUGCAAGGAAAUAGCCAUUUGUAGUAACAGCCAUUUGUAGUAUCACCACAGAGAAGUGCCUCUAAUGAGAGACCAUUUAGUAAGCUUCAGGUGUUAUUAGUUCACACAAAAAUCCAGUAUGAUUAAUAUUUAAACACGAUUCACAAGUUGUAAGCUGGCAAAGGCAUGUUUUUGCUGGCCUGUGGCUGAAACUCUGGGUUUGCGUAUCCUUUGAUUAGUGCGUCGAUAGAAAUACCUGUGUGGGUUUCAGUGAAUUAGUGAUUAUGUCUUUAUGGUAAAAUUUACUAUGAAAUCAGUGAAAACUACUCAUGAUUAGCAUUGUCAAAAUUACUUUCAAUCCUGUGAUUAACCUGUAACAUCGUUGUUUCUUAGUCUGAUUACAUCAAUGGGAAAAUGCUAGGGGAAACCUCUUGAGAGUACUGGUCAAAAGCUAUAUAUUAUACUGGUGUGUUGUCUAUUACAUUCAAAAGCUAUAAAAAAGGAUUUUGCUAUGCAAUUUUUAAUUCAAAAUACAACAGCACAGAUUAUUUUUCUAAAGCUUAUUUGCUAAAUAAGAUUAGCUUUAUUAUAAAUGUAAUACUACUUAAUGCUGUAAACAUAGCACCAAAAUAUGAUUGUAUUGCCUGCUUUUAUACCUUUUAAGACAGGAAUUUGACCAUAAGCUUCGGUUUUAUUUAAAUUAAGGACCAUUGAUUUAUUAUGACUUAUUUCCUAAUAAUUGUUCUCUUUUUUUCUGCAUGUGGAUCUAAAUUCUCAUUGAUGUCUUUCUGUAUUGUGUAAAUAGCACAACAAAUGUCAAUAAGGAAUGUUCUGAAAAAUUGUGUUGCAUAUAUAUAAUUCAGAAUAUAUCUAAUAGGCAUUUAAACUUAAACAAAACGUACUUUGAAUUAAAAUUUUAAGAACGGCCAGAGAUUUAUUUAGCUCAGUAGUUCUGCCGCCUGCCAUGCAAGCACAAGGUCCUGAGUUCUAUCCCUGGUACCAAAAAAAAACUUUUAAGGAUUAGAAAAUAUACUUCCAAAUUUUUCAUUUUUAGAAUGAUUUAAAAGUAAAUGUAGAGGACUAGAUAAUAGAGAACAUUGAUUUUUUCCCCUUUUAUAUAUUCAUAAGAAAUUUAUUAAACAAUUCAUAUUUCUUAAGUGCCACAAAAAAAGUUUACCAGAGCUGUGACAUUGUAUUUUGAUGGAUCGAAUUGAAAAUUCGAAAACAAUUUUCAGAAUGUACCAAAAUUCAUUUGGAAAAUUUAAAUGUCAGCUCUGACUUUGACACAAAUGAACAUUUAAAAUGAAAUUGAUAGAAAUUUGCUUGUUGUCCUGAGUAACAUUUUUUUUUCAAUUAAUGUCAUUUUAGAUUCAGCAGAAAUAGUUGCAAAGUAGAUCAAAAUUUGUAUUCUCUGCAAAUGUCUACUACUGUAAAAGAGAACUAGUGUUCUACAUGGAACAUUUUAAAGUUGAGGGAAAAAAGGAGGAUGCUAGUAGAAUAUAUUAAUAUGUGCUAUUUUUGACUCCUGCUUAAUCUGUGUGUUAAGAUUAAUGGUUAAUAAAGAACUUUUUGUGCUCUAAAGCAUGUGAGGACAA